GGGCAGCAUGGCGGAGAUGGAGCUCGCGAACGGCUCCGAGCCCCAGCCUCCCCAAGAGACGAGGAGGAAUGGCGCCCGGCCUGCCGACCGCCAGGGCCUGCUGCAGCACAGCCGCGAGUUCCUGGACUUCUUCUGGGACAUUGCAAAGCCGCAGCAGGAGGCGCGACUUGAGGCCACGGAGAAGCUGCUGGAGUAUCUGCGCACCAGGCCAGAAGGGUCCGAAAUGAAGUAUGCCCUGAAGCGCCUUAUCGCCGGCCUCGGAAUCGGGCGGGAAACUGCCCGGCCCUGUUUCAGUCUGGCCCUGGCACAGCUUCUACAGUCUUUUGAAGACAUCCCCCUGUGCGGCAUCUUGGAGCAAAUACAAGAGAAAUACAACCUGCAGAAGGUUAAGAAGAACAUGAUGAGACCGGCUCUCUUUGGAAAUCUGUUUGGGGUGCUGGCCCUCUUCCAGUCAGGCAGACUAGUGAAGGACUCAGAGGCACUAAUGAAGUCAGUGCAGCUGCUGCAGACACUGGCCCAGCACUCCAACCAUCUGCAGGAGCAGCCCCAGAAGGCCUUGGUGGAUAUUCUCUCUGAGGUACCCGUGGGCACGCUGAAGGAGAUCCUGCCAAAGGUCCUCACAGACGGCUUGAAUUCGGUACUGAGCUCCCCUGAGCACCUGGCGCUCUUCCUCCUGGCCCGGGAGAAGGUGCCUGUGAGACUCAAGAAGCUGAUGGGAUCGGUCGACCUGUUCUCAGCUGAGAACAUCCCCAGGCUGAUAGAUGUGCUGAAGACCGCUGCUACCUCCAUAAGGAAGGAGCACCGGCUACCUGACGUGACCCUGAACCUGCUCCGUCUGGCACUGCGGGAGGACCAGUUCCCCCGAUUCUGGACGGAUGUCAUCGAGCAGGGGCUGAUGAAGAAGCAUUACUGGCCGGCCUACUACAUGUGUUUCCGCCUCCUGGGCACCGCCCUGCCCCUACUGUCCAUGGAGCAGCUGCAGCUGGUGAUGCAGGGAGACCUGAUCCGGGUGUUUGGAGAGCACGUGGUUACUUCCCAGGUGCCAGGCCAGUUCAGGUUUGCUCCUGAGAUGUCUGAGUAUGUGCGCACCUUCCUGGAAGGCUGCCAGGAAGACUCCGAGCGGCAGUUGGCUGCAGUGGUGGCCUUCACCUCCAUCACUAACCAGGGCCAUCCUGUCCUGGCUACCAACUGGCGUGUGGUGGGGGCCCUGAACAUCCCUGCUCUCAGGGGCUAUGUGGCCUGGCUCCGGGACAUGUUUCUCCAGCCCCGCCUGGACUCCUUGGUGGACUUCAACACCAGCCACCAGGAGAAGAACAAGGACAUAAUGCCAUAUGGGCCUGAGCGUCCUGUGUUUCGGCUCCGAAAAUGGAUUAUCUUCCGCCUGGUCAGCCUCGUGGAAAACCUGCAUGUGAAGAAGGAGGAGGCGUUGAUUGAGGAGGUGGCCAGGUUCUGCUUCUUCCAUGCAUUCUUCGAGGCCAAGAAGCCCGAGUCGCAGAUCCCGGAGACCAAGCAGCAGUUCUCCUUCCCCAUGACGGACCAGACCCGUGAAGCGGUCAGCUCUGCCUUCUUCAGCCUGCUGCUGGCCCUCAGCACUCAGUUCAAGCCAACUCGGGAAGAGGCCCAGGAGAAGCAGUCCUGGCUGUCCCGCCUAGUGCAGUUCGCGGACACGCUGCUGAGCCACAGCCACCACGUGGCCACCCUGAAGCCCUUCACUAAGCCGCAGCUCCAGGCCUGGAACCGGAUGCUGCAGGCGCUGAAGGAGUUAGAGGCGCGCUCCUCCGAUAACAUGGCCGACGCCAGGGCCAAAACCACGGCCUUCCAGCACCUGCUUCUUUUGGUGGGCAUCCACCUCUUCAAGACCCCUGAAGAGAGUUGUGACCUCCUGAGUGACAUCCAGACUUGCAUCAUGAAAAGCCUGGGGGAGAAGGCCCGCCGGAAGCGCUCUAAGGCCACCUCCCCCGAGGAGCCACCGUGGGUGGAGGUGAUGGUGGAGAUCCUGCUGGCCCUGCUGGCCCAGAACAGCCACCUGGUACGCAUGGUGACCCGGACCGUGUUCGGCCACAUCUGCUCGCACUUGACCCCAAGGGCCCUGCAGCUCAUUCUGGAUGUGCUGAACCCCGAGAAGAGCCAGGACGAUGAGGAAGAGGAAACUGUGGUGGUCACAGAUGAUUCCCGGAAGCGCUCAAAAUCUGCAGAGGACCAGGACUCCGACAGCGAGGAUGCAAACUCAGGGAGUGAGAGUGACGAAGAGAGUGGUGAGGAGAGCGGCGAGGAGGAGCGGGACGGGGACGUGGACCAAGGCUUCCGGGAGCAGCUGAUGGCGGUGCUGCAGGCCGGGAAGGCGCUGGACGGCGAUGGCGAUGACGACGACGAUGAUGAAUUGAGUGACGAAGCCAUGAUGGCCCUGGACCAGAACCUCUCCAGCCUCUUCGCAGAGCAGAAGCUGCGCAUCCAGGCCCGGAAAGAUGAGAAGAACAUGCUACAGAAGGAGAAGGCUCUCCGGCGGAACUUCCAGAUCAGAGUCCUGGACCUGAUCAGUGUGCUGCUGACCAAGCAGCCCGAGAGCCCCCUGGUCCUGGAGCUGCUCAAACCAAUGCUGGAAAUGAUCCGCUGCACCAUGCGCUCCAGCAGCACCUCCCACGAGAAGGCCCUCCUGCAGAAGACGGCCCGCAUCUUCUCACAAAGCCUGCUCCACGCCCGACAGUACUGCCGUGAUUUGGACAAUGCUGAGGAAAUGCUGCACCCCCGGCUGGCGUGGCUGGUGCAGCAGGCAGGCCGCCAGGUGGACGCCUCCAUCUCCCUCUACUACUUCAACGGCUCGCUCUACCUGCUCCGUGUCUUGAAGGGUAACGCCAUCCACAAGGCCCAGAGAGAGAACGACUGCGACAAACCCGGGAGCCCCAAGGCUUCCAGCGGCUUGAACCUGAGCUUUGUGGUCCCACUCUACUCGUCGGCGCUGAGCUCCUUCCUCACCAGGCGCAACAGCCCCCUCACGGCUCCCAUGUUCCUCGACCUCUUCAACCGGCACCCGGUGCUGUGUAAGGAACUGCUUCCUGUCGUCACCCGCCACCUGGCGGGCCCCGUGCGGCCCCACCAGCAGGGCCAGGCUUGCGCGCUGCUGCAGAAGGUGCUGUCCAUGGGGGAGCUGCUCAGGCAGUGCUAUGAGGAAGCCGGCUGGCAGCAGCUCCUUGGCCAGAUCCUGGCGAAGGUCACCGAGAACGUGCGCAUGUUGGGUCAGUCUCAGAGCAAGGUGGUGCUGCAGAUGGAGCUGUCCUCCUUGGAGCUGCUCAACACGGUCAUCAAGAGCGUUAAUCAUGGGAAGCUCUCCACGGACCUGACCGGCAUCCUGGCUGUGUUGCGGGGUCAGCAGCCCGCCCUGCAGCAGAGGGAGCUUGAGAUGGGCUCCAGCCGGCUCCUCGACCUCUACUGGCAGGCCAUGAAGUUGCUAGGAGUCCAGCGCCCCAAAUUAGAGAAGAAAGAUGCCAAGGAAGUUCCCGGUGACACUCAGAACCCCAUUAGCACAAAGCGGAAGAAAAAGGGCUUCUUGCCAGAAACCAAGAAGCGUAAGAAGCGUAAGGCGGAAGGUGUCACCCCAGAGGAUGCCAAGCCCGCACCCCCCAGUGGGGACCAGCCCCCCAGCACUGGGAAGAAGAAGAGGAAGAGGAGAAAGAAGAGCAAGGGGAAUGCCCAGGUCCCAGCCCAGUCCCCGGUGAAUGGGUCACCUGCCACUGGGAGUCCAGGGCCGGCUCCCCCCACCACAAGCCCCAGCGCCCCUCCCAAGACCCCGAAACGGCCAAAGAAAAAACAGAAGCUUUCUCAGGUGAAUGGAAUCUCUGUCCUGCGCCCCACUGACCCUGAGGGCAAACAGCAGCAACAGGAUCCGCCAGCAGAGGUGGUGUCAGGCAAGACCCCACAGGCGCCUCAGCCACGGAAAAAGGCAAAGUCGUCUCUGGCUAGCGGGAGCCCCAGUCUCCCCCAGAAGGAGGCCAAGAAGAAGAAAAAGCGGGCCGGGAAGGGGGACAAGCCAUGAGUGUAGGCUCUGCCCACCAGCCCCCAAGGACGCACACUGGCCUGGGGAGGGGGCAGCCGCCCCUUGAGUGUGGCCCUGGGGGUUCGGGGCCUGCAGGUCCACUGUCCAGGAGCUGCUGAGCCACAGGAGCAGGGAGGUCGCUAGGGGUGGGGACCCGCUCAGUUCACAACAGCCCGUGCUAUUCCGUCCUCGCAUCCCCAACCCCUGAGUCACUGCCACGGGAGCCACCAGCCAUGAUUUAAAUAGGUUUAUUUCUUCAUUUACAAGGAAUAUAUUUGGCUUCUCUUAAGACUCUGAGAUUCACAAUCAGCAGCUCUAAAAAAUAAAGGAGCAGUUUGGCUUCCGGAAGGAAGAGGAGGCAACA